CUGUUGCUCUUGGCAAUCAGCUUCCUCCCUGGCACAUCUGCUCAAUGUGAUGAGGAUGAGCCAUGCUUUCAUAUGCAUGUCGUACACUCGACCAACAGAAAUGUAUUCUCAAAACGAGCCAUCGAUGUGCAGCUGGCCAAUCGUUCUGAUAUAGCAUACUAUGCUCAGCUGAACAUCGGCACACCGGCGCAGCAGGUAUACGUUCAGCUGGAUACGGGUUCCUUCGAGCUGUGGGUGAAUCCCACAUGUUCCAGCCUGAGUUCCUCGGACGCCACCUUCUGUCAGGCCACUGGCUUCUACAACGAAUCCGAAUCAUCGACAGUCAAAGCCUUGACCACCGGAAAGACUUUGGCCUACGGACUUGGAUCUGCCAACAUCACCUAUGUCGAGGAUUCCAUCUCCCUGCCCGGUGCGGCCGAGCCCAUGACCAAUGUACAAUUCGGCGUCGCGACCUCAUCUACCGAGGAGUUCUCGGGCAUCCUGGGCAUCGGAUAUGGCAUGGGCAAGACGACGACAUACCCCAACUUUGUCGACCAGCUGUCGCUGCAGAACCAGACCAGCGUGAAGGCCUUCAGCGUGGGAUUGGGAAGCAAGACGGAGCAGGAGGGUGCCAUCGUGUUCGGCGGCAUCGACACGUCCAAGUUUGCCGGAACGCUGGCCACGCUGCCUAUCAUCCCGGCCGCUGACUCUCCCGACGGCGUCCCGCGGUACUGGGUCUCGAUGAACAACAUGAGCCUGACGCCUCCCAACGGCGUGGUCAAGACCUAUGCUAAUACUUCGAUCGACGUUUUCUUUGAUACCGGCGCCACUCUCACCCUUCUUCCCUCGGACAUUGCCAACGCCAUAGGAAAAGACUUUGGAGCGUCUGAGGCCGACUCGGAUGGGUAUUACACUGUGGACUGCAGUCUGGUUGAUAUCGAUGGCACUGUGAACUUUGCCUUCGACGGCGUCACCGUGGCGGUCCCCUACAACGAGUUCAUCCGGCAGACGACCAGUGGAUCUACGACUACCUGCGUGCUGGGCAUCACAGCCAGUGACUCGUUCACCCUGCUAGGUGAUACAUUUUUACGCAAUGCCUAUGCCGUGUUCGACCUCGACAACAACCAGAUCCACCUCCAGCAGUACCAAAACUGUGGCUCCACUCCUGCCGCCGUGGCCAAUGCAUCUGACUUUGUCGGUCUCCAGGGCAAGUGCACAGCGUCCACGGCCAAGAUGAACAUGGGUAUGUCCGGUUCGGCUGCCACAUCGACGGGCAAGGCUGCUGGGUCGUCGUCGUCCACCGGCACAGGGACCGUUGUCGUCACUGGCAUCCCUGCAGCCGCGACAUCGACAGCGACAGCAACAGGGACGGCCACAGGAGCGGGCUCGUCAGCCUCAGCA